CGAAAGGUGAAAACGAAAGAAGGAAAUUUCACAAAAAAGUAAUAACAAUAGAAAACGCUGACUUGAUGUUCUGCAGAAUAUUAUUGUAACAAUGGCAACUGAUAUUGCACAACUCAGUGAUGAAGAUCUUCGUCAACAGCUCCAAGAAUGUGGUGUAAAUGUUGGUCCUAUCACUUCAAGUACCCGUCUAUUUUAUGAGAAGAAGCUUGGAAAGGUAAUGGAUUCUGGGGGAAAUCCCCCACCACCAGAAUCAGAUACAGAAGAAUCAGAAGAAGAAGAAGAGGAGGAGGAAGAGGAUGAGGAAGUACAAAUAAAUUACAGACCUCCAGUGCAGCCAAAGCCUGUACGCCCGCAGAUUACAAGUACACCUGUAGCAGCGGAAGCCCCGAGGACCUACAAACCCAUAGUUCAGGCCCGCACUGCCACACCCACCAUGCCAGCCACUCGCAGAAAUGUUGGUCGCACUGAGGCAGCAUAUACCCCGGCCACGAGUCCGCCAACCAACGCAGCUAGCAAGUCCGGUGGUGGGGGAGGUGUUGGUAUGUGGUUGAAGCUGAUCUUUCUUCUCGUCGUGGCAUUUCUCGUGUACCUUGUUGUAAUCAACAUGAACCCGAACGCAGAGAGCAAAAUUCCACUGAGUUUAGAGGAUGAUAGUUGAAAAUGGGGACAGGGACGUUGUGUGGCUUGUUGGGAAAAAUCGGGAGUGUGAAUAUAGAAGAGAGGAUAAAUUUGUGUUUUUUAAAGCUUUUUAAGUUCAGCAAAUUGUAGUUAAAGAUGAUGUUCAUUAAUCAUUAUUAUUUAUGUAAUAUGGUUUGUUAUCUGGUUAUAUAUGGUUUCAAUAUAUCUGCAAAGUUUGCCCAAAAUUGGGAUAAUUUCUAGAUGGGAAUUAUUACGUAAGACUUAAAAUAGUAAAUGUAAAAUAUAAUAAGGGUGUCAAACAUCUUUCAAUUGCUCUGCUUUAAUGUUGUUACGCUCUGUAUAUUUAGGUAAUUCAUCCUUCGUUAAUACCAAAAAUUGCUACUGGUAAAGUUUCAUUUCAAAGAUACAAAUGAUAAAUUGAAUAUUUUUAAGGUUUUCUCUGAGAACUGUUUUUAAUCUAUAGACGUUAUUAUGUUGAUAAGAAACAAAUUGAUAAAACUGCUAUAAACUAAUAGUAUUUUUUUUUUCAAUCACCUCACUUAAAUAUAUCAUAUCAAAAUAGUAACGUCAUUAUGAUGAUAUUGUAACCAUGCAAAAAUAAUAUAAUGGUUAAUCAAUAUGAAUUAAACAUAGAAUAAUCAUGGUGGUAAUAUCUGAAAUGCACUAAAUUAUCUUUGCAUCCUAAUGAUGGAUGGCUUACCUUAAUACUUAUGGAAUGCAAGCUAUCUAUUUAUUCCUAUCAUUACUGUUAAAUGUGCUAUGUGUAACAGAAACUACUGCUAUGAAUGUUUUGCUUUGAUAAACUAUACACUGUCCAUG